AUGAAUCUCAAAGAUUUAGAACACUCACACGAAGUAUUAUCUCAGCAAGUUGCCAAUCUUUCAACUGAUUUAGCGUCUAUGAAGGCUGAUUUUGCUGAACUUAAAGAUUUUAUCAUUGAGUUACGUCGAAAUCCUGAAAAAUGCCCCGCAGAUAAUUUUUCUGAAUCCACGACCAUAGGUCAAAACAUUCAUAACAUUGCUCAACAGGCUCCUGUCAUUCCACCUAGAGGGGAAUCCCCUACGAUACAGCAUCCUAUUCACAACGCACACACCCCCGAAUAUCUGGAACCUGGUGUCCAAUAUAAUACUCGCCCUGAACCCCGCCCCCCACAUUUUGAUCGACAUAGGGACCUUGUUGAUGACAUGUCUAGAAACAUUAAAGUAGAUGCUCCCGAAUUUGAUGGCCGUCUAGACCCCGAAGCCUUUUUAGAUUGGAUGGACUCCAUCGAAGAAUACUUUGAUUGGUAUCGCAUGCCGGAUUAUCAGCGGCUUCGCUUCGCCAAAAUGAAACUCACCAAAUCUGCUAAACGCUAUUGGAAAAACUUGACACGAAACCUCGAACAUUUAGGACAACCUAUCACCCUAUGGGUGGAAAUGAAAACAAAACUGAAAGAAAAGUAUGUCCCACCAUUCCAUCGAUCUCAGCUUCUAGAGCGUUUGCUUAACCAUAGACAAAACUCCUCGACCGUGUCUGACUAUAGAUCUCGUUUUGAUGAGUUGCUCCAUCGUUCCAGUCUUUAUGAACCCGAGGAUGUCACUGUUACUCCAUUUCUUAAUGGCCUAAGGCCCGACCUUAAACACCACGUCACCGUGCUCAGUCCCUUUUCCCUAGAGGACGCCUAUCACAAAGCCCUCGAGUAUGAGAGGUACUCUCGAGCACCAUACACUCAAAGGAGCCUUUCGAACUUUGUGGACCCUCGCCAACCACGUCCUAACCCAUCCUCCACUCCUGGUAGUAUUCCAGCAUCAACUCAGUCUUGCACAGUUGUCGGGUCUUCUUCAUCAUCACCUUCACUUUCCCAAGAUAUCAAUAAGUAUCAACCUUCUUCUUUUGCUUCUUCCCAUAUCGCUAACCCGUCAAUCGUGUGUCAUCAUUGUCAGAAUCAAGGUCAUAUAGCAUCUCGAUGCCCUCAUCGUACCCUUACUGUUAAUCAAGAACCACUACUUCCAACACCGAAAAUCGAUGAAUGUUUUACGGUCGAUCCUAUUGACCAUUCUCAUGAGGACCUCGAACAACUUGAGUGUCACGUGGAGGAUGAGGUUGUUGUCUCAAUCAUGAGAUGCAUCCUCUCCACCCCUGUUAACUCUCAUUCUUGGAAAAGGACAUCAAUAUUCCACACGUACAUACCGUGUAACUCUAGUUUUUGCAAAUUAGUAAUUGACGGGGGUAGUACCAUGAACGCCAUUUCCACCUCAGCGGUAACCAAAUUCGGCUUCAAGCCUGAACCCCACCCUCGCCCUUUUAAGGUGGCAUGGGUCAAUAGGACUUCUUUGCCUGUUACUCAUCGUUGUCUUGUAUUCCUUACAUUUGGCCCAUAUUCAGAAGACCUUUACUGUGACAUUCUACCUAUGGUUGUUGCUCACGUGCUUUUGGGUCGCCCUUGGCUCUACGAUCAUGAUGUUAAGCACUUCGAGCGUGAUAACACUUAUGAGUUUGUCCAUAAUGGCAAACCCAUUCGGCUUCUUCCAACCAAACCAUUUGACCCCUCCAAGAGACCACCGCCUAAAACAACACCCACUUGUGCUACAAGUACAAAGAACCGAAUUCAGGUCUUGUCCCAUAAGGCCUUUGAGCUUGAGGCGCACGACACCGGGUUGAUGUUUGCGUUAGUUACCAAAGCAUGUUCCCAACCUACUACUGAAGCAAACUCUGAUCGCCUCCUUGUUACCACUCCGUUGUUAGAGGAGUUUAGCGCUGUCAUGCCAGAUGACCUACUUGAUGAAUUUCCUCCCAUUCGUGAUAUUCAACAUGCAAUCGACUUGGUCCCGGGAUCACAAUUACCAAAUCGCCCUCACUAUAGGAUGAAUCCUACGGAACGGGUCAAGCUAAAUAAACAGGUUGAGGCAUUACUAUCUAAAGGUUUUAUUCGUCAUAGCCUUAGUCCUUGUGCAGUCCCCGUCCUACUUACGCCCAAAAAAGACGGAUCUUGGCGUAUGUGUGUCGAUAGUCGUGCUAUUAACAAAAUUACUAUAAAAUAUCGAUUUCCCAUACCACGCCUCGACGACAUGCUGGAUGAGUUAGUGGGAUCCUUAUGGUUUUCUAAAAUAGAUCUACGAAGUGGAUAUCACCAAAUUAGGAUUAGACCAGGGGAUGAAUGGAAAACAACCUUUAAGACGUAG